AUGAAGGGCACCGCCGCCCCUUUUUGUUUUCGUGUCUUUCUUGAUGAUCUCACCCCGUACCUCUGGCAGGCAUGUGCGACGGUCCUGAGGUUGCAAACCGAGCUCCUACCUGCCUCACGAGUGACUCGGGAUCCUCGCCCCCCCCCCCCUCCCUCGUUGUUCCCGUUGCAACCGGUGCUGACUCCUUUCUUCUUGUCUUUUCCCUUUUCGCUCAGAAGUGGCAGAGAUUUGUUUCUGAAGAGCGUGGUGUUGCGAUGGCGUCUUCGCUGUUUUCUUCUUUCCUCCUUCACUGCCAUGCAGCGGCAUUUAUACGCCUUUUUUCUGAAGGAGCAGCGAAGGAGUUCGCCGUCGAGGGAGUGCAUCUUCACAAAGAUGGAAGCCUGUUCUGCACACGCGCACACGCAUAUGAAUGUCUUCCAGCUGUUCUUCCUUCCUUCCUUCUCGGUGCUUAAUGAUGUUUUCGUUUCCUUUUUCAUUCUGCCUUCACUCUAUUACCUCCUUCCACGCUUCGCUCGCUGGCUUUCUCCCUUUUAUUAUUCCUUUUCUUUGUCUCUUUCGCCGCAGCAGCAUUUGUGUCUCUUACCUUCCCCACUGCCGUUCUUCCGGUGUGGCGCCCCUCUCUGUGGAUGCUCUCGCGUACUCGGGUAG